GACCCGGAAGUGGAAGGCUCCCGUAGCAACAGGGCCGUGCAGCCAUGCAGAGAGAGGAGAAGCAGCUGGAGCUGACCCUGGAGGCACUCAUCAGCCAGGUGGCUGACCUGAAGAACUCAUUGGUCAGUUUUAUCUACAAGCUGGAGAAUGAGUACGAUCGACUCACAUGGCCUUCAGUUCUGGACAGCUUUGCGUUGCUCUCAGGACAGCUGAACACUUUAAAUAAAGUGCUAAAGCAUGAGAAGACCCCACUAUUGCGAAACCAGGUUAUCAUACCCUUAGUGCUGUCUCCAGACCGUGAUGAGGAGAUCAUGCGGCAGACAGAGGGGCGCGUACCAGUCUUCAGCCAUGAGGUUGUGCCUGACCAUCUGCGAACGAAGCCUGACCCAGAGGUGGAGGAGCAGGAAAAGCAACUGAUCACAGAUGCAGCUCGAAUUAGCCCUGAUGGAGCACAGAAACAGAUCCAAAGUCUAAAUAAAAUGUGCUCAAAUCUGCUGGAGAAAAUCAGUAAGGAGGAACGCGAAUCUGAAAGUGGAGGAUUACGACAGAACAAGCAAACUUUCAACCCUACAGAUACCAAUGCACUGGUAGCAGCUGUGGCCUUUGGGAAAGGAUUGUCAAACCGGCGACCCCCGGGCUCUGGAGGAUCUGUCCAGUCAGGUCAACCAGGAGCUGGUGCCAUCAUUGCAGGAGCUUCAGGCAUGCAGCAGGUGCCAAUGUCAAGUGCACCAGCUCAGCAGCAGCCAAUGCUGGCAGGAGUGCAGAUGGCACAAGCAGGGCAGCCAGGAAAGAUGCCGAGUGGCAUAAAAACAAACAUCAAAUCUGCCUCAAUGCAUCCAUAUCAGAGAUGAGCCAACAUGAAGCAGACCCAGGGAACAGCAGUUACCCGCAUCGUUCUUGCUGGAGCCACCACACGUGGAUUUCUUAUAGAACUUCUGAGUCCCUUCACGUACACACACCAUACCCACAGAGAUGGGAGUGAAGAGACCCUUCCCUGGGUUUUCUUUUAAUGCUGGGUGACUUGUGUGGAGCUGCUAGUGGCCAUGUCUUCUGGAGAUAAGUACUCUGUUCAGCCAGAGCAGAGGGCUUUACUUGUGAUAGCAGUCCCAUUUUCUCCAGGUCUAGCCAGGAGGGCAUCUACCCUUUUUUGAUACAGAGCCUGGAAAGCUUCAUGGACCGCUCUGCUCCUUGUUUCUGUCAAUUCAAGAUGUUCCUACUCUGCUCCCUGUUGCUGAAUAAAGACUUUGUUUUGCACAUGGUGAGGCACCGGUGUCCAUCUCCUGAGUUAUAAGCAGUCUUAUUGUCCUUUGGGUAAGGCAAUAGAGAGCUCUAGUCCAAAAUAGACAAGAAACAUUGGAGGCUGGGUGCUGCAGGCUUGGGUGUAUAGAGGUGUUAUAUAGUGAGUCAGCAGCGUACAAGCAUAAGCAGUAAACAUCUUGUUCAUUGUAAACCUAUUAUGGCUAUUCCCUGGAAAGCAAAAUACUGGUGACAACUAUUGCAGGACCCACAGUGAGAAGACAGCAUUUCAGGAGCUGAAGUACUGAGCUUUUGCAUUCUGAUUCUGCUGCAAAUCCCAGCUGGAUCCGAUUUCACUUCUAUAGUUUCCUGCUUCUGCAUUCCUAUAAAGUUUCUAAGCUACUUUAAAAGUAAUUUGCUUCGGAGAGUCUUUUGGUUCUGCUCAGGGCUGUAGCGCUUCAGUUAACCAGGCCAUGAAAUCUGUCCAUUUCUCUUUGAAACUAGGCAUUGUGAAGCCAUCCCGGUUCUGCUUUCUGCCCUUGAGCUGUAACAUAUAAUCUGCCUAAUGAAAGAUUCCUCUGUAAAUAAAGGGUGGGGAUGCAUACCCCCAGAGCAUGCUAGUAUGUGCUAGCUAUCCGAAAAAGAAUCAUCUUGCUUCUUGCUGCUUUUGCCUGGACUUCCCUUUUGACUUGUGGUGAAAGCCAGUGCUCUAUUUUACUCAAUAGCAUGUCAGCAAUCCUAAGGGUGAGGAAAUCUCCACUCAGCAGAUAGAGUCUACAGCUGCUCCUGCACCGUUUGCCUCUGGACUGAUCAGAUUCAUUGCAUUGGUGGAGGCUGUGGGCUGUUUUCCCAAAUGAAACUUUCCAGAAAACUGUGACCAGAGCAGUUAUCAGCCUUCUUAAAUGUGCAGACCCUGGGAAUUGUCCAGUGGAGUUGCACACCCUGUCGUGAAUUAAAAUCUAUUCAUCAGAGAAACA